AGAGGAAGGGUUUAGAGCAAAAAGGGGAACUGAUGUGCAGCAGAUGUUUCCAGAUUGCUGAGUGGACAGUAAGUUCUGGGAGGAGACCGAUGGUCCGAACCCGGACGGACAGAAAACCGUUGGAGGGUUUCUGCAGACGCAGAGGGAGCUGAGGAGGAGCGCCACGGUUUCUCCUGCAGUCUGAGGGGAGGUCAGCUUUUGGGGGCCGAUGGAGGACAAGGACCACUACCGCUUUGAGAAUGAGAUGGACACCAGCGUGCUGUGGCUCAAAGAGACUCCGCCUCCUGCCCCGGGCCCAGGCCCGUCCAGGCUCCGGUUCUGGAUGGUUCCUGCUCUGAUGGCUGGCGUCCUCCUGGUUCUCAUCGUGGUUCUAGGAGUCUACAACAGUAAGACGUCUGGCCGCCUGGCGUCCACAGAGGGGCGGGUAUCAAACCUGACCGCCAGCGUCCAAUCACUGAACGCCUCUCUGCAGCACGCUAACGAGGCCAUUAAGGAACUUCAUCGGCUGCAGUUCUCUGUGCAGAACCACGGCGAGCAGCUGACUGCAGUGUCCGAGGCGCUGAAGCACCUGUCGGCGGUGGACUCCCUGAGCCGGAGCGUGGCUGAACUCAGAUGUUCCCUCAACAGGCUCAGCAAUAAUGGUUCUGCAGAGGACGAGUGCUGUUCUCUUGGCUGGACUCAGUUCGGUUCCAGCUGUUACUUCUUCAGCCGCGUCUCUCUGAACUGGAACGAGUCCAAAGUCUGGUGUGAGAAGCAGAACGCUCACCUGGUCAUCAUCAUCACCGACAAGGAGUGGGACUUUGUGACCAAAACGUCCAUUCCUGAUUGGUACUGGGUCGGCUUGUCUGAUGGAAGGACGGGGAAGUGGGAGUGGGUGAACCACACCCCCUACACAGUAGAGCACAGGCGCUGGAGACCUGGCCAGCCCGACAACUGGGUGGUCCCGGUGUUGGGGAGUGAAGACUGCGCUCACCUGUACGCCGACGGGCUGCUGAACGACCUGCACUGCUGCAGAAGAUGCGCUUCAUCUGCCAGAGACACGCCUGACACAGGCUCCGCCCACAAGCCGCCCCAACGUCGCCAGGCGGACGACCAGCUGCAUCAACGAAUCAGGAAAACUUUCCACUUGAGUGUAAACCAGCAAAGGUUCUCUGGGCCUCGGACUGGCAUUGAACCGGUUCUGGUCAGGUUCUGCUUUGAUGUUAAAGGAAAAUCUAGUUCUGACAGUAAACGGGUCAAAACCGUAAAUAAAAAAAAAAGACGUCUUCUGACGGUCUGACGGUUCUUAGCUGCUCCUGGAGGAGAACCAAUUGGAACAAAGGAGAAUCUGAUUGAAACGGUUCUACGUCAAAUCUGAAAGGGUCUGAAUUUACCGAGGAGGAGGAUCCAAUCGGACCAAUGAGAAGAACCUGUGAAAACCAAGAACGAUAGGACGAUAGAACCAAAGAAUGAUAGAAUCAAAGAACCAUAGAACCAAAGAACCAUAGAACCAAAGAACGAUAGAACCAUAGAACCAAAGAACAAUAGAACCAAAGAAAGAUUUUCAUAGAAGUUCAUCUGCACCCUGUGAGAACCCACCAGCACCGAGACAGUUCCGUUCAGACCCAGGUCCUCCUGCAGAGCAUUAUAGCAGAACCAGACAGAACCCUGUUAGAACCUGCUGGAGGUUCUCCUCUGUGUUAAAUAUGAAGACAUGACAGAUUGAAUAAAAAGUUCUGAUCCAAA